GCAACCAAGCUAAUUGGUAAAUUUCGUAAUUUAAUCACACAGUGCAGAAUACGUGCUGACGCGUCACACCACUUCACAUAAAUUCCGACAAAAUCGGAUUCUUUUAAGUACACGUAUGACAUAGCUGCACUCCUUCUCUCGCCUCCCAAUUGCUUCUUCUGUCUCUUUGCUUUUUCGAAGAAUCCCUCUUCCUCCGGACUGAUAAUCCCAAUUGCGUUCAAAUUCUCCAUAGAUUUGAGCCAUCUGCUUUUCCCUCGCUUUCCUGCGUCUCAUCAUAAUUUUCGAGAUUCAAUCAAUCCGUUAACGACAGAAUCAUGACUCCUGAAUACGAUUAUUUGUUCAAGCUUUUGCUAAUUGGAGAUUCUGGUGUCGGCAAAUCUUGUCUACUUCUGAGGUUUGCUGAUGAUUCAUAUCUGGAGAGCUACAUCAGUACCAUUGGAGUUGACUUUAAAAUCCGCACUGUGGAGCAGGAUGGGAAAACUAUUAAACUCCAAAUUUGGGACACAGCAGGUCAAGAACGUUUCAGGACAAUUACAAGCAGCUACUAUCGAGGAGCCCAUGGCAUUAUUGUUGUUUAUGAUGUGACAGACAUGGAGAGCUUCAACAAUGUUAAACAGUGGUUGAGUGAAAUCGAACGCUAUGCAAGUGAAAAUGUGAACAAGCUUCUUGUUGGUAACAAGAGUGACCUCACAGCAAACAAAGCUGUCUCAUAUGAAACUGCAAAGGCAUUUGCUGAUGAAAUUGGGAUCCCUUUCAUGGAAACAAGUGCUAAAAACUCCACAAACGUUGAGCAGGCUUUCAUGGCUAUGGCUGCUGAAAUCAAGAAUAGGAUGGCGAGUCAACCGGCAAUGAACAAUGCAAGGCCUCCAACUGUGCAGAUUCGAGGACAGCCUGUCAAUCAGAAGUCGUCUGGAUGCUGCUCUUCUUGAAAGUGAAAAAUGGUAUAGUGGGCUUGUGAAGUUAUCCAUAUUCUUCGUGACAUGCAAAACUAGUUUUCUUUUAAUGCCUUAGAUAAGGAGAAAAUUAUUUGUUAUGCUUUUGUUCUUAUCAGUUGUUCAAGGCUGUUAAAAAUUCCAUUCUUUUAAAUGUAAUUUGAUUUUAAGAAACAUUUGUACAGAUUAGGAAAUAUUGGUGAACACCAGUAUCUACCUUAUUCUGUUUGUCA